AUGAAAACAACGCUCUUCCUUAUCAUAGUAUGUAUUACUUGUAUGAUUCUUGCGGACUUAUGCGCUCAAAGUUAUAUUGAUGCAUUUAAUCAAGAUGAAUGUAGUGGUUCUUCAGAGUGCAAAACGAAGUUGGGAGCAGUCGGAAAAUGUCAAACUCAAACAUACAUUGUAUGUGAUUUACUAAUACAACGCUAUUAAUCAUUGAAAUCCAAUUGACCAUUUUCAAUCAAAAUGUAAAAAACAAUUUUCAGGCUAGCCGUUGCUGUCCGAACAUAUCACAUCCCGAUGACUUUCAAUCAAACACGAAAUGCAAUGAAUCACAACGAUUUCAAGGUAAAUUGUUAUAUUGUAAAGAUGGAUAUACCUAUCAUGUGGGUACUACACACUUCAAAGCCAACACUAAAAGCUCCAUUUUGUGCACACACACUUCGAAUUGUACGAAAGGAAGUUAUUGUGUUGAUUAUUCGACAGUUGGUGCACGAUGUUAUGUUAUCGAUCCACCGGAGAAAGAUGAUAAUACAAUGCUAAUUAUAAUAAUCGUUGUAGUUGUUGUAUUCUUGAUACUUGUUGUUGGAAUUACGGUUGGAUUCAUUGUUUGGCGAAAAUCGAAGAAAGGAAAAGGUCAGAAUAAAAGUUCGACGGAAACUGGUGAUAGUGGAAAGAAGAGAAAGAAAGGAUCGAAAGCCUAG